CAGGUUACGGACUUGCUGCUGUUCUUCGGGAGACUGCUGGUAGCCGGAGCAAUGGGAGUCUUGGCCUUCUAUUUCUUCAGUGGAGACAUUCGAGUGUCACCUGACGUCUUCCAGGCGGAGUUGCUGCACUAUUGGUGGCUGCCUGUUAUUGUGGUGAUGGUGGGAGCCUACUUCAUUGCUCAGGGCUGCUUCAGUGUGUACAGCAUGGGAGUUAACACGUUCACCCUCUGCCUCAUGGAUGAUCUGGAGCACAAUGAUGGGACGCUGCAGGGACCCUAUGUAAGGACUCAGAACCGUAAACAGGAUAGCAGGCAAAAGGUCAGAAACCGGAAAAGCAAAAACUAGCGAUCAAAACCAAAACAGAAACCGUAAAUCGUAGAAACAGGGAAACAAGCAAGGAUCUUACACAAAACAUCAAUCAGAAGCCUAUAAACAGCAAGGCUUGGUACGAGUCACUGGGAAACGAUGCUUCGCGUUGGACCAGACGAAGCAUACUGCUUAAAAGCCCUGAAAACCGGAAACAACCUGAACACAGUCAAUAUUCGGGCGAGGCCUCCCUCUGGCGGUCUGGGCCUGUGAACACCGCGACAGAACCCCCCCCUCUAGGAACACCUCAGGUGUUCUAUGACGGGGGUGAGGGCGAGGAGCAGGUCUGUUGGGAAAGUUAAGAUGGAACUCCUCUGUGAGGGCCGGGUCCAGGAUGUCUGAAGCGUUCACCCAAUAACGCUCCUCCGGGCUAUACCCCUCCCAAUCAACUAGAUACUGUAGCCGUCCUCCUCGGCUGUGUGAGUUCAGUAGCGUACGAACCUAGUAGGCCAACGCGCCAUCAAUGUCCAGGGGCGGAGGCAGUUCCAGAGGCAAAGGGGCGGAGCUGGUGGGUGUGUGAUAGGGCUUGAGCAAGGACACGUGGAAAGUAGGAGAGAUGUGGUAUGCUGGGGGUAACUCUAGACAGUAGGAGACAGGGUUAAUUUGCCGCAAGAUUUUGGAUGGUCCUAUAAAUCGUGGACUGAGCUUUUUACAUGGCAACUUGAGUCUCAGAUUUUUAGUAGAUAGCCAUACCUUCUGGCCCACUUGGCAUUCCUGAUGAGGACGUCGCCGGCGGUUCGCC